AUGAACUUUGUGAAACCGUACAAAAGUAUCUGCUUCAUUUUUCUGGGUUUGUUAUCAGCACUGAAAUGUCAGUCAUUAGAAAGCGCAGACUUGCAUCACCUGUCGGAUCGAGAAAAAGUGGAGGCUCUAGUAAAACAAUGGGCUCCAUUAGUGUGGUUGGCACCGAAUGAAAAAUACAUGCCCGGCGAUGUUUCGAAAUUUCUUGAGCAUGUACACGCAGAGGAAGCGAAAGUGGUCACCGUUUAUCCGGGCAGUGAAAUUACAGAGCUUGAUGAUCUCAAAUACUACGACAAUGGUAUGACCAACGAACUGUCAUACUAUGACCCAGCGGACCAGCGGCAAGGACGGUUUCGCAAUAAACGCAACUUCAAAGAUCCCGCUGUAUCGUUGGAUUUACUGUUUGAUCUUCCAAUUGGCAAUGAGUCCAAGAAUUGGUAUCUAGUGACCAACAACGACAUCGAUGAGCUAAUCACUCGUAAGGAAUCCUUCAUCCACGGCCAGAAUCCGCUCAACGAAAAUGUGCCAAUCUAUGCGGUGGUCAGCAUGUGCAAGCAUUCCCCAUCCGAAAUGUCGCACAAGCCCGAUCAAAGUUUGUCCUUUUCCCAACCAACCACAACGACCGAAUAUCCAUCAACUCAUCUGCUUCACAAUACAAACAAUCAGGAAAAUGAGGUAGCAUACACAGUAAAAGAACGACCACAGUUCAAGCGGAAUCCUUACGCCCCAACGCCCAAGAACAUUUUUGAACUGCAACCGAACCUACGGCAGACGAUCAAUAAGGUAGAAAAAAGUAUCCGACUGAUACGCAAGAAACGGGAACUUGAGGACUCCAUAAAACUGCACGCCGAAACAGAUCACAACACAGAUUUGCCGUCUAAACAAAGUGCUGAAGAUUUGACCGUAGGAAGAAGAGUUUUUAUCAAUUCCGAAGACGGAAAUGGUAAGCAAAAUUUCAACUCCAACACGGACAAUUCCAUAGAAAAUACACCACGAAGUGGAGAAAAUGAAGAAUGGGAAACAAUCACCGAACGGAGACAUGAUACGGAACGAUAUGGCGACGAAGCUUCGCAUGAUUUCCCCCACUUUCACGUUACAUACUGGAUGUUCUAUCCCUAUAGUCAGGGGAAGGUGAUGUGCACAAUUGACCUGGGACCGUUCGGUCCAUGGCCGAUUCCUUUAAUAUUUGGCAUGUGUCUCGGCACAAAAAAAGAAUUUGGCAGCCACGUAGGCGAUUGGGAGCAUAUGAGUUUAUACUUCCGAGGCAGAAAGGAACCAGAUGAAAUGUAUGUGUCGGCUCACGAUGCUGGAGCAUUUUAUUCAUAUGAACGGCUUACGGGAACGUUCGAAUAUCACAGCCAGGAAACGAGAAAAGGAAUUCUUCAGCAGCCAACGUUCCCCAAAACAGUCGUCACAUCUAGCAAUCAUCCGGUGCUUUUCGCCGCUGAAGGUUCCCAUGGUCUGUGGACUGCACCGGGUAAACAUAAAUUCGUACGCGUUCCGCGGCUGUACGAUAUUAACGGAUUCGGUAUGCCAUGGUCAACCUGGAGAAACGUUCAGAUCAUCUACGAGAAUGGUGCUCAAGGGCGCAGCUCACUACAACCCAAAUGGAUGAAAUUCAACGGACGAUGGGGUAAUCCAAAAACAAAAUGCCAUCCACUGAAAAGGAUCGGUUUGCACAUCUGUGAACUUACCGAUGGACCAACUGGAAUUCCUCGGAAGAAACACCAUUUUAAGUGCAAAGCAUGAAGCGGAAACAUAUCUGCAUAAAACGCCGCUUACGUGUGAGAAUUAUUAUGUUGAUAGAAUACCAGUUCCUGGGAGUUUACUUCAACCUUUCCCACCCUUCUUAAGAGUAAUACGCAAGGAGCUCUCCUAGAAUAACUAUUUAUUUUUGUUUUAUUUAUUAUUGCUCGUCAAUGUUUCUUUUCUGAUGUUCUUUUUUCUGACUUUUUAUUCUACUUACGUCCUUUACAAAUGCUGAUGGCGUCUCACGUGGUCAUCUACAUCUAUCCAAAAUCGUUCCAAUCAUAAUUAAAUGCAUUUUGGUUUAUGUUGUACAUAAGAAAUUGUUUCAUGUAUAUGUAAUCUUUUAUGCACUAUGCAAUGUAAAUAAACUUUUAAAAUACGAAAGAACUUCGAUAUAAAUUGUACGAAUCUAACUCAUUUCAAACGUAAUAUUGUGGCAAAUUAUUAUAUGGUUCUUGUUGUGUGUGUCUAUUUUACAAGAUUACACGAUUGCUUAAAAAAUAGUAUGUAUAUUUUCUUUUAGGCAGAAAAGUUAUAAAUAUUGUGAAGAAAUACUAUUUUUUAAACCUGUUCAAACUUCCAAUUGUUGCAUACUCACAAAAACUCAAAAUUCUAUUAUUGCUCACUUUAUAGCCAAUUAUUGAACAAUUUCCAAAACACUGAAAUAGACAAAAAAGCACGGUGGAAAAAAGAGGCUAUGGCCUGUGCAAUAAAUAGGAUCGAAGUACUCUCUUUGUUCCAAUUAUUAAACAGUGGAUUAAAAUAAGUGUUUUCUACAAAAAGUCGACAUUUUUGCUACCGAAUCGAGAGAAUUAACUACAGUACCCAAGCGCCACAGAUAAAGCU